AUGUCUGUCGCGGCAAUUGCCUCAUUUAGACCUUUGCAGGGCAGCUGUCUCCGCCGUGCGACAACGGGAGUAUUGUCAGUACAUGUGAAAUCACGGACGGCGAGCUUGAGCUUUCGAGCUGUUGUCACCCUGCCGCCGUAUCAGACGAGGUGUCAAUCGACCUCCUCAGAGGACAAGAAUGCGGCGCCAAAACAAGACAAGCCGGUGAAGCCGCAGAUUUCGUUUGGGCGGUUUGUUAAAGGCGCGCUGGGAGCCAGUCUACGCAAUUUGACCGUCGCUGUGAGCCCACGCGGCAUUCGAAGUGCAUACAAAGAUUCCCCUGGUUUAACCAGCAUGAAUCUCAUUUUGCUCGCCUUCACACUCGUCGUAUCCGUCAUCGCCAUUCGCUCCUUCAUCCUCAACUUUUAUAAUUCCGAAUUCAGUCGAUACCCUGAGCCUGUCGCAAAUACUCUACGGCGAGCCAUCUACUAUACAAACUACAAGCCUGAUCCAGAAAUGGCGUUGAAAUACUACAAAAAGGCCAUGGAGCAGGUUAAAGAAGUCGGGCUGGACCCCUUCUCAGACGAAGUGCUCGGCAUUCGCAUUCAGGUGUCCUUUUGGCUGCAGAAAAUCAAUAACUACAAGAGAGCUAUUGAUGUGCUGGAAUCUGUGUUGCAGGAUUGCAAGAAAUGGGUUGAUGUUAUGGACCAAUCUGUUGCGGAUGGAAAGGUGGAUAAAAACGGCCGAUACGUUACGGAAUCGGCAGAAACCAAGUCAACCACCACAGAAAAGAUGGCUGCAACUCCCUCCAAGGUCAACACAACCAUGGCCGCAGAGAAGAAGGACGGCCAAGCCAACGCCGAACCGGAACCCCCGGCCGAGACGCUCUUCAGAAAGAGACAACGGAUACUAGCAAAAGCCGUGAGCACAGCAGUAAAACUUGGGGAGAUGUACGCCGACGAGCACGUACUGCAGCCUGAUGAAUCGCAGCAACACCUCGUAUGGGCGGUUGAAACGACCCUCAACGAAUUCAGACGCCUCAAGGUCGAUGGCGCUAAACCCGGCGAGCAAGCAUGGCUAUCUCCCACCGAACUAGGCGGCAUGAUGGAAUCCCUAGGUCGCGACUACGAGCGCCGAUCACAGUUUCAUCUCGCUGUUCCAUUGUUCUUCCAAGCCCUCAAGCUCUGCGACAGUCCGUGCCACCGAGCCAUCAUCAUGAACAACCUCUCCGCAUGCUUUGCCCAGCAUCCCAUCUUCACUCCUGGCAUGGCGAACGUCUCGGAAGCCAUUCAGCAAAUUUCCGAUCAGGCUGCGCCGCCACAAACACGAAAGGAGUGCCUCGAGGCGGGACUGAACUGGGCGGAGAAUGCGUAUGUGCACGGCAAGGAUGUCCAGGGCGAUGAUAGGACGGCCGAGUGCGACGAGGCAUGUGCCGUGGCCUUGUGCAACUGGGGUGACGUGGCUGCCAUGCUGGGCAAGCGGGAGCUCGCACGGCAGAAAUACAAGCAGUGCAUCGAGAUGAGCCAGAAGAUGGAGUUUGCGGAUGGUGUCAGACAGGCGCAAGAGGGUUUGGCCAAACUAACAUCUACGCUGGAGAGCAAACUGUAA